AUAUAUAUAGUUGCCUCAAAAAGGUCAAAGGAAUAAUGAUGAACAAGUCGAAUAUUAAAUUCAGAAAAAGAAGACAGCAUCAUCAUCUUUGCUUGUUUUUCAAUUCAAGAAUCAACCUAGAAGAUCCUGCAGAUUCUGGAUGAAAUCCGAGUGAUUGCUUUUUCUCCAAACUGACAUUUUCUAUGAGGAUCUUGUAUCUUCUUCAUCAUCAUGGUUCCCCCCUUUUAAAAUGUCCUCAUUCUAUUUCAUCAUCUUCAUCUUCAUCUCUCUGAAUUCUCUUUUUCUCUGAUCUUUCUCUCUUUCUGGGUAUGGCUGCACAGGCACAGUUCCAUGUUCUGGCUGUUGAUGAUAGUCUGAUUGAUCGAAUGUUGAUUGAAAGGCUUCUCAAAACCUCAUCUUAUCAUGUAACUGCAGUGGAAUCUGGCAGCAAGGCUUUGAAGUUUCUGGGUUUGCAAGAGGAUAGUGAAAUGCAAGUAGGAACUGCUAUUGUUUCCGCAGAAAACCAUCAGGAUUUGGAGGUAAAUUUGAUCAUCACAGAUUACUGUAUGCCAGAAAUGACAGGCUAUGAUCUAAUGAGAAAAAUCAAGGAAUCUAAAUCUCUAAGAGAUAUACCUGUGGUGAUUAUGUCCUCAGAGAAUGUGCCAUCAAGGAUCAACAGAUGCUUAGAAGAAGGAGCUGAGGAAUUCUUUCUGAAACCAGUUCAGCAAUCAGAUGUAAACAGGCUCAAGCCUCAUUUGCUGAGAUCAAAGAUCAAGGAAGAAGACCAACUCAUUAAUAAUAAAAGAAAGAGCAUGGAAGAGAGCCAUUGUCAGGAUAAACCUAGGCCAAAAAUAUAGUUCAAAGUUUAACAAUUGAUAAAUAGGUUGAUAUUGUUUUGAUCAUUUUCCUCUUCUACCUCACAAGCUAAUAGAAGAGAAAGAGAAAUCAUUUCAUUUAAUUUUUCUUUUAUUUUCUUCAACUCUGGUCUUGUGGUUAAUGUUCAAUUAGAGUUAAUAAAUUUGAGGGCAUUGACACCUUUACUGUUGCA